AACAGGGUCUAUUACCAGGACCACCACAUUCAGUGAUGUUUAAAGGUCGAGAGCCUAAGUGAUACGCAGACGGCAUGCGCGUCCCAUCCUUCUCGCGAAGGGAGCGUGCUCUGGUGCGACAACGCGACCGACAAUUGAGACUCGAGAUCUUGGAGAUCAGCCGCAAUGAAUACUUGAUAAAACUCGCGUCUGAAUUUGGGAAGUCUGCGCCAGUCAUUGAUAGAUAUAUUCACAAUACCACCAAGGACAACUUGGCAUGGGACGAGGAGUAUAUCGACGGACGGCGUAAGGAUUUCUUUGGGUAUGAUUUAGGUGUUAAAGAUUAUUGUUUAACCCAAUCUGCUAGUAAGCAGACUGCAUCGACGUCUCGACGUGAGCUAACACAAGCGACACUAGUCGAUGGCCAUAGCAAUGCUCGUCUCGGUGAUGCUACUGCUGCAACUGGAUUCGACUCUUCCGCUACCCCCGGCCAAAAACGAAAAAGGACAACUGAGCUCACUGACUCUGCCUCUGUCCUCCGCUCUUCCGAUGUUUCUAACACUCUCCCAAGGGCCGUCGACAAUACCACCUCCACAACCACGAACUCAUCAUUCUCGAGACUAUCCUCUCAGCUGGCGGUCCUGCCGUUCUUUAAGCGAAAGCACUUCAUUGAGGAGCCUAAUAUACCGGGUCACAAUGCUAACUUUUUGUAUCGACUUUCUCAGCCAAUGGCCCAAGAACCUAGUUCACGGGGCAAUCCUGAUUCCCUAGGUCCAAAUCCUGAAACUCCAGUGACUGAAAACUCAAAGUCUCACCUCACCUGCAUGUCUGCCUCUCCUCGGCCUGGGCCUGUCAUUAUCUCUGCUCCUAACCUGAGACUACGCCCAGCGAAGCCUGUGACACAGAUGGGUGCCCCUACUCUUAAACCCAGGUUGAUACGGCAUAUACAAGCAAGUGAUGAUACUCCAGGUGAGUGUAUUCUUUGAUAAUCCAAGGAUUAUACUGACGGCGCUAUCUCCAGAAGACCAGACACCCAAUC